UAUCCACUCGUCAAUGUAAGUGGCCCCCCCCGGGCAGAGGCAUUCCACUUGUAUCAUUAUAUAUUCUAAAGUGUUGAAAUUUGAUGUCCUAACAGCACAACAUAUUUUCAGAUUUAUUUCACUUUAUAGUAGAAAUGCACUAGAGGUCUAUUCAGAAAAUGGUUUAAUGCAAGUAAAAGUGUCACCAAAUUCAUCAAUAAGCAGUUUUUCCAAGGAGCAUAAGUAGGCACAUAUUCUUGUUUUCCACCCUGUUUUGAGUAAUGCGCAUUAUAAACCAAGUUUGGGGUUUGAUUAUUUUAGCCUAGAUCAUGUAAACUUUGAUUUGAGGUAGGAAGACAAAGCUCUCCCAUUUUGAAGUUCUAACUCUAUGAAAAGUAUGAAUAAUGAAAAUUUAAGAGAAAAAAAAAUCUCGAUAUAAUCAUUAAUAUGGAAGUGCUGUUGAGUGGUAAGAGCAGUUAAGCCCUAAUUGGUGUCCACCAAAACUUGUGUUAUACUUAUGGCUCAGUUUUUCAAAAGCUUUGCAUGCUGACAUUUAUUUCAGUGGACUCUAUCUGCAUUCUGAUAUUUUGGAUCUAUAAUUACCUCCAGAAUAGAGGUCUAACAAAAACACAGUCAGGAGUGGAAAAUUGUAAUUCAGUUCUUGCAGCAAUUAUUGGUUUGAAGUCCACCGUCAGUCCCCUGACCGAGUCUGUGAAACACGUGUUACACAAAUUGUUUAAAUUUCAGAUAUUUUGUUCCCUAAACUUUUGAAGGAAAUACAUACAUUUGGAGGAAGACAGCAUAAAGGUUAUAAAAAAAUGUUCUGUCAACAGUGAAAAUUAAAAUUUUUAAACCUCAUGUAACAUUUGUUAUGUUGUUCACAAAGCUGGAUUUACACUGGCAUUGGAAUGAAAAUCCAAAUUUGAAGUUGUUGGAGGAACGUUAAAACUUUAUGAACUAUCUCUUCCACUCCAGUCACAUUGUUCACUUUUCACCACCCUGGCAGAACGGGAAAUUGCCAAACCAAUAAUAAUAAUAAUGAUAAUGUGAUACUUAGUAAUAAUAAUGAUAAAUCAAACAGUAUUCGGGGGACUUAUUUUCUUUAAGAUAAAAAAUUCAAAUGAAUAUUAAAUAAAUUAUGCACAGACAUAAUGGGAGCUAUGCUCUAGCAGGAAAUAUUUCUACAUGAAAAUGAAUUUCAUUUUCUAUAGAUGAAAACGAGAAGCUGCUCAAGACAAGGUGAUGCAGUAGAAAUUGCCCAGAGGUUUAUCAGGGAUUGCCGAGAUCCAUCCUGGGUUGGCGAGAAAUGGAUCUCAGAGUUGAAAGGGAGAGGUGUAAUCACCACCAAAGAUGUUCCCCCAGGAACCUUCGUGCUUCAGUAUCCUGGAGAAUUGGUUACAGCACGAGAAGGCGAGAAAAGGGAGAAGGAAAUGGAAAGUGUCUUCCGAUUCUUUUUUUCAUGGAAAGGGAAAAGUUUGUGUGUGGAUGCUACCCUAGAGCCCCUUUCUGAAUGUCCAUUGAGGCUUGGACGCCUUGUGAACCAUGCUAGUCAAAAGGAAAUUAAUUGCAAAGUGAAGAUAGUUCCCUUCGAGGGACAACCUUAUCUUUGCCUGUUCAGUACACGGGAAAUUCCAUGUGGAACUGAGCUGCUUUUUGACUAUGGCUUCAGAAGUGGGGAGGAACCAUGGAAUCAGACAGAGUUGGAUUACAUUACAUCUGAGCCGCAUGAAUCCCCACCUAGAUUGAGACCACCUGUUGGUGCUCAAACAGCUAGUGCCAAGACUCCAAGCCCAAGUCCUGCCAAACAACCAAGCUCUGCUAAGCAACCAGCACAAGGUCCAGUUCCAACCAGUCUAGUCCCAAGUCCAGCAGCUGUGAAGAGGUCACUGUCCCCAGCUUUCAGACCUCAACCUCAGCCUGAGACGUCUGCGCCAAGCACUUCUUCAAAGGGACAGAAUCUAUUUAGACUACCAGAUUUGUCUGACAUAUCUGUGCUGGGGCAUAAUGACCCAGAUGUCUCAAGUGAAGUAGAAUCAGCCUUUCUAGAUGAAGAGGAUGAUGAAAUUUCUGCCAAGAUGCACAGGGAGAAAUGUGCAGCUACAGUCCCGGUGAAAUACAUAAUAACAGCUGAUCCUUUCAAGACCAUUGAGACUAUGGCAGCCGAGUCCAGUGAUGAGGAUGAGGAUGAUGGUGAUGAUGAUGGUGAUGCACUACUAGCAGAGUUGGAUGACAUUACAUCUGAGCCACAUGAAUCCCCACCUAGAUUGAGACCACCUGUUGGUGCUCAAACAGCUAGUGCCAAGACUCCAAGCCCAAGCCCUGCCAAACAACCAAGCUCUGCUCAACAACCAGCACAAGGUCCAGUUCCAACCAGUCUAGUCCCAAGUCCAGCAGCUGUGAAGAGGUCACUGUCCCCAGCUUUCAGACCUCAACCUCAGCCCGAGACGUCUGCGCCAAGCACUUCUUCAAAGGGACAGAAUCUAUUUAGACUACCAGAUUUGUCUGACAUAUCUGUGCUGGGGCAUAAUGACCCAGAUGUCUCAAGUGAAGUAGAAUCAGCCUUUCUAGAUGAAGAGGAUGAUGAAAUUUCUGCCAAGAUGCACAGGGAGAAAUGUGCAGCUACAGUCCCGGUGAAAUACAUAAUAACAGCUGAUCCUUUCAAGACCAUUGAGACUAUGGCAGCCGAGUCCAGUGAUGAGGAUGAGGAUGAUGGUGAUGAUGAUGGUGAUGCACUACUAGCAGAGUUGGAUGACAUUACAUCUGAGCCACAUGAAUCCCCACCUAGAUUGAGACCACCUGUUGGUGCUCAAACAGCUAGUGCCAAGACUCCAAGCCCAAGCCCUGCCAAACAACCAAGCUCUGCUCAACAACCAGCACAAGGUCCAGUUCCAACCAGUCUAGUCCCAAGUCCAGCAGCUGUGAAGAGGUCACUGUCCCCAGCUUUCAGACCUCAACCUCAGCCCGAGACGUCUGCGCCAAGCACUUCUUCAAAGGGACAGAAUCUAUUUAGACUACCAGAUUUGUCUGACAUAUCUGUGCUGGGGCAUAAUGACCCAGAUGUCUCAAGUGAAGUAGAAUCAGCCUUUCUAGAUGAAGAGGAUGAUGAAAUUUCUGCCAAGAUGCACAGGGAGAAAUGUGCAGCUACAGUCCCGGUGAAAUACAUAAUAACAGCUGAUCCUUUCAAGACCAUUGAGACUAUGGCAGCCGAGUCCAGUGAUGAGGAUGAGGAUGAUGGUGAUGAUGAUGGUGAUGCACUACUAGCAGAGUUGGAUGACAUUACAUCUGAGCCACAUGAAUCCCCACCUAGAUUGAGACCACCUGUUGGUGCUCAAACAGCUAGUGCCAAGACUCCAAGCCCAAGCCCUGCCAAACAACCAAGCUCUGCUCAACAACCAGCACAAGGUCCAGUUCCAACCAGUCUAGUCCCAAGUCCAGCAGCUGUGAAGAGGUCACUGUCCCCAGCUUUCAGACCUCAACCUCAGCCCGAGACGUCUGCGCCAAGCACUUCUUCAAAGGGACAGAAUCUAUUUAGACUACCAGAUUUGUCUGACAUAUCUGUGCUGGGGCAUAAUGACCCAGAUGUCUCAAGUGAAGUAGAAUCAGCCUUUCUAGAUGAAGAGGAUGAUGAAAUUUCUGCCAAGAUGCACAGGGAGAAAUGUGCAGCUACAGUCCCGGUGAAAUACAUAAUAACAGCUGAUCCUUUCAAGACCAUUGAGACUAUGGCAGCCGAGUCCAGUGAUGAGGAUGAGGAUGAUGGUGAUGAUGAUGGUGAUGCACUACUAGCAGAGUUGGAUGACAUUACAUCUGAGCCACAUGAAUCCCCACCUAGAUUGAGACCACCUGUUGGUGCUCAAACAGCUAGUGCCAAGACUCCAAGCCCAAGCCCUGCCAAACAACCAAGCUCUGCUCAACAACCAGCACAAGGUCCAGUUCCAACCAGUCUAGUCCCAAGUCCAGCAGCUGUGAAGAGGUCACUGUCCCCAGCUUUCAGACCUCAACCUCAGCCCGAGACGUCUGCGCCAAGCACUUCUUCAAAGGGACAGAAUCUAUUUAGACUACCAGAUUUGUCUGACAUAUCUGUGCUGGGGCAUAAUGACCCAGAUGUCUCAAGUGAAGUAGAAUCAGCCUUUCUAGAUGAAGAGGAUGAUGAAAUUUCUGCCAAGAUGCACAGGGAGAAAUGUGCAGCUACAGUCCCGGUGAAAUACAUAAUAACAGCUGAUCCUUUCAAGACCAUUGAGACUAUGGCAGCCGAGUCCAGUGAUGAGGAUGAGGAUGAUGGUGAUGAUGAUGGUGAUGCACUACUAGCAGAGUUGGAUGACAUUACAUCUGAGCCACAUGAAUCCCCACCUAGAUUGAGACCACCUGUUGGUGCUCAAACAGCUAGUGCCAAGACUCCAAGCCCAAGCCCUGCCAAACAACCAAGCUCUGCUCAACAACCAGCACAAGGUCCAGUUCCAACCAGUCUAGUCCCAAGUCCAGCAGCUGUGAAGAGGUCACUGUCCCCAGCUUUCAGACCUCAACCUCAGCCCGAGACGUCUGCGCCAAGCACUUCUUCAAAGGGACAGAAUCUAUUUAGACUACCAGAUUUGUCUGACAUAUCUGUGCUGGGGCAUAAUGACCCAGAUGUCUCAAGUGAAGUAGAAUCAGCCUUUCUAGAUGAAGAGGAUGAUGAAAUUUCUGCCAAGAUGCACAGGGAGAAAUGUGCAGCUACAGUCCCGGUGAAAUACAUAAUAACAGCUGAUCCUUUCAAGACCAUUGAGACUAUGGCAGCCGAGUCCAGUGAUGAGGAUGAGGAUGAUGGUGAUGAUGAUGGUGAUGCACUACUAGCAGAGUUGGAUGACAUUACAUCUGAGCCACAUGAAUCCCCACCUAGAUUGAGACCACCUGUUGGUGCUCAAACAGCUAGUGCCAAGACUCCAAGCCCAAGCCCUGCCAAACAACCAAGCUCUGCUCAACAACCAGCACAAGGUCCAGUUCCAACCAGUCUAGUCCCAAGUCCAGCAGCUGUGAAGAGGUCACUGUCCCCAGCUUUCAGACCUCAACCUCAGCCCGAGACGUCUGCGCCAAGCACUUCUUCAAAGGGACAGAAUCUAUUUAGACUACCAGAUUUGUCUGACAUAUCUGUGCUGGGGCAUAAUGACCCAGAUGUCUCAAGUGAAGUAGAAUCAGCCUUUCUAGAUGAAGAGGAUGAUGAAAUUUCUGCCAAGAUGCACAGGGAGAAAUGUGCAGCUACAGUCCCGGUGAAAUACAUAAUAACAGCUGAUCCUUUCAAGACCAUUGAGACUAUGGCAGCCGAGUCCAGUGAUGAGGAUGAGGAUGAUGGUGAUGAUGAUGGUGAUGCACUACUAGCAGAGUUGGAUGACAUUACAUCUGAGCCGCAUGAAUCCCCACCUAGAUUGAGACCACCUGUUGGUGCUCAAACAGCUAGUGCCAAGACUCCAAGCCCAAGCCCUGCCAAACAACCAAGCUCUGCUCAACAACCAGCACAAGGUCCAGUUCCAACCAGUCUAGUCCCAAGUCCAGCAGCUGUGAAGAGGUCACUGUCCCCAGCUUUCAGACCUCAACCUCAGCCUGAGACGUCUGCGCCAAGCACUUCUUCAAAGAAUAUUGAAGAAGCAAUCUCACCACAAAGUACCCAGUUUCCUGAAAUAAGAGUAACUGCUUAUGAACCAAAAACAAGUGGAAAGAGGCAGUAUGGAAAGCAAGCAUGUUUAUAUUGUCAUAAGUUACUUUUUAAAGUUAAACGCCACAUAAUUAAUGAGCAUGAGGAGAAGCCGGAGGUGGCCAAAAUACUGAGCAAAACAAAAAAAGAACAAAAAAAAGAGUUUGGAAGGUUGCGACUCUUGGGCAAUUACCAGCACAAUAUGCGAGUUUAUGACAAAAAAGAAGGAACAUUGCUAGUGCUGAGAAGAUCAGUGAAUGAAAAAAGAGCGGAAGACUAUUUGCCCUGUUGUCACUGCCUGGGAUUUGUAGAGGAGAACGGGUUGUGGCAUCAUGUAAAACAGUGCAAGUUCAAGUCGUAUGGCUAUAAAGAUGUGGAUGAAGAAGAAUACGAUGAGGAUGAAGAUGAAGAAAAAGGAACACAGAAUUUGGCAAUAGUAGCAAGGUGUCGGAUGUUGCUGCAAGGUUCACUAACCUUGUACAAAGCAGAUCACAAAGAUUACAAGCACUUUAAGGAAGUCACUUUGAGGACCAUGCGAGAUGGGGAGAUAAAGCAGAGAGUUCAAGAUGAUGACCUCAUCCUGAGUUUUGGAACGGCUCUAUUGGAGAGGGCAGGCGAAGGUCGCAAGCACUACAUAUCUACCAAACUAAGGCAACUAGGAAGAUUAGUAAACGAAGUUGCCAAGAAGGAAAAUGGAAAAAGGGUUGAUCUUAUGUAUUGCAUUGAUCCUCUAAACUUCGACAAGGUUGUUGAAGCCACAAGCACAAUAUCAGGAACACUGAAAGAGAAAACUGCAAAUGGAGUAUCAAUGAAAAAGACUCCAUCAUUUGGUCUGCAAGUUGGACAUUCUUUGAGAAAGGCCUGCAUGAUCAAAUUAGGAAGAGCAAUACGUUUGAAAGAUGCCCAGAUGAGAAGUGAUGCACUGGAUUUUGAACACUUGUUCAGUGCAGAGUGGACGGAUAAGGUUUCAUCACCAGCACUUCAGACGUUGAAGCAGCGUAAAUACCAUAAGGAAGAAGAAAUUCCAGAUACAGAUGAUAUAGUCGAGUUUAACAAAUAUACAAACCAGAAGAUACAUCUGAGUGUCAAGAAUUUGCAUCAACAACCAAGCAAGCAAAAUUGGCAAGAUUUAGCAAGAGCUGUAUAUUGUGCAGCAACAGUAUUUAACCUUCGCAGAGGUGGUGAAGUAGUGAAGAUGCCCCUGUCAUGUUUCGUCAACCGUCAGUCCACAGGCACCCCUGUUAAUAAGGAAAUGCUAAAGAGCUUGUCAACUUUGGAAAGAAAGUUGUUGACGAGAUUUGAUGUUCUGGAUAUUAGUGGUAAGCGAACUAGGAAGGUACCAAUGCUAAUAAAGAGUGAAUGGGUAGAGCCAAUGCAGUUGCUGGUAAACAAGAGAGAGGAAUGUGGUGUGAAAGGAUGCAAUCCAUACUUUUUUGCUGGGACUGGCCAGUCCUACCUGAACCCGUGGAAGAUGAUCCAUGACAUAGCCAUUGAAGCCGGCUGUAGUUAUCCAGACUUAAUCUCCACAACAAGACUGCGGAAAUACAGUGCAACUGUAGUGCAGUUGCUGGAGUUACGAGAUGGGGAACUGGAAUGGCUUUCGAAUCAUAUGGGCCACAACAUUGACGUGCAUAAGGAUACUUAUCGGUUACAUGAACAUGUCAUAGAAAUUUCUAAAGUGUCCCGGAUUCUGCUGGCAAUCGAGUCGGGAGAUGUUGCCACUUGGAAAGGCAAAUCCCUGAGUGGCAUAGGAGUGUCUGAUAUUCCAGUUCAGGUUGACAUAGAGUCGGCAGCAAUAUGUGACACAGAAGCUAAUGCAGGUAUUCCAGAUGAGGUUGAUGGAGAGAUGGCAGUAAUAAGUAACACAGAAACUAAUGCAGAUUCAUCCGAUUCUGACCUAGAUUUCAAGCGAAAGAAGUGUCUCAGGCUGCCUGAUGAUGAAUCUGAUUCAGACAUUGGCAUGGAAAAGAAAAAGAAGCGUCUGAUGCAGUCAAAGAAAAAGAAGCGUCCGAUAGCGUCAGAUAGUGAUUGUGAUUCAGACAUUGAUUUGGAUGAAGAAAGAAAGAAAAAAAAGAAGCGUCUGAUGCAGUCAGAUAAUGGUACUAAGCAAAAACGGCGAUGGUCACAAAAGGAGUUGGAGGUAUUUAGUAAGAACGUUGCAGUUUACAUUGAAAGAAAGGUCAUGCCUCCAAGGAUUGUUCUUGACAGGGUUGUUGAGCAACUGGCUCAUUCAAGGACUGUUGCUCAAAUAAGAUCAAGAGCAAACAAUAUGAUAAAGGAGAAACAAGUAUUUAUACUGUAGCUAGUCCAGUUUUGUUCAACACUACAAAACAAAACCCAGGUUGUUAGAGUGUUCUGGUCAAAAUACUAAGAAAAAUUGAAUUAAAUAAUUUUAAAGAGAUCAUUUAUUAUUUUAACUGAUAUCCAUAAGAACUUGUUUUUUCGCAAAUUUUCUCUAUUUUCGGCAAAAUUUUAGACAACUUUAGAAAAUUUUGGAAAAUGUGGGCCUUAAAAACGGGAAUUUGGCCCAAAGUAUACCCUUAAGAACUGAAUUUUUUUCAAAAUUAUCAAAAAGUAUACCCUUAGGAGCGAUUGGGAAGAUCUGGGAAGGCCAAAAAAGACACCCAUUCGCGCCGAACAUACAUAUACCACCCAAUAUGUUGAGUGCUUUGUGACCACAAGGGUAUAAUUAUUAUUGUAUGGUAUCAUAUUUUAUUACCACAUUUUUUUUUGACUAGAAGUUUUUAAGUCUAUAUACGACACCAUUUCAGGUUUUAAGCAGGUUUCACUGACAAAGUGUGUAAAAAAUCACAGCAGAGUAAUUAUAGCCAUGCUAUACAUCAAAAUUACGUUUUCUAGGGUAAAAAUGGAUGUAGAUUGUGAAUUUUUAGUCCAAAACCUUGUUUUAUACAGCAUUUAGCCACAAAUCGUGGAUUUAUGGCCAAUUUUGCCCGAAAACGGCACUUUUUCAGUGACAAAAAAAUUUACUUCCUAUCUUUAAAUACCUGUAGGCUCAACAAUAUGCAUACAUAUGGCCAUUUUUAAUGUUUCUGUAUCAGCCCAGUAAACAGUCUGAUGGAUUCUUUUAUUUGUUUUGAAAUUGGUUUCAUACUUUUUGUGCAACAGCCAUUCAAAAAUGACGCAUCCUGUGACAAUUGACUUUCAAAAUUUAGCAGUUUCGGACAAAAAAAUUGAUUUGAAAAAUCAUAUCUCUUCAGUCCAAGGGGUUACAUUAAUAAUUUACAUACCAAAAUAUGCAGAAUUUAAUAAGCUUUAAUUUGGUGCCUAAUUUAAUGUAUUUCUGGGAGGAGAAUGAUAUAAAAAAAUGAUAAAAAGUUAUUCCCACUCCCUAAUUUUUUAAUUUGUGUAAAAAAUAAAGAAAUUUACAAAACGGGCAAGUAUGCAAAAGUAUAGGACCUAUAGGCUUGAAAAUUUUAUCAGUUAUGCCCAUUAUAAGUCUCUACUUGGGCAUAGGAUAAAUUGUUUAAUAUUUCAACUAUUUCUUUCUAUUUAUUUUUUUUUACGAUAUUUGUCAUCCAAAAUUUAGACAAAAAUUUGCCAUUUUGAGGGCUCAUUAAAAAAAAUUACAAGGCCAAUAUGGUUGAAAAGUUAAUGAGUAAUUCCCAGAAAAUAUUACUAUAAGGUAAAAUUCACAAAAUUGGCAAAAUGCUCAUAUUUCUUUUGAAUUAUUUUUUUUUACAAAGUUAGUGACACUCCUCAGAAGGUAUUGUGCAAUCAUAAGCCAGUAUUGCGCAAUCGUUCAACCAAAAUGCUGUUUAGACACAUACUAGCUGUCAAUUUUGCAAAAGAACAUAAUUUAUAAUCUCAAAAAAGCAAUUAGGUUGAUUUUGAAGAGCCCUUACAAGCAAAAAAGACUGAUAUGUGUUUUUUUUUUGUUUUUCUUUGCAUACAGCUUUAAGCACACCCAUAUUACAUAAUACCCGUAUCACAAAAAGGGUUCAAGAUUUUGCAUUUCCAACUUCAGAAAUUAAUUUUACACUAAAUUUCAGUCUAGAAAACAUAUUUAACAUCCUUUGUUUUGAAACUUUAUAUUUUUGGAUUUUUGUCAGUCAAACCUGCUUAAAAUCUGAAAGCAUGUCAUACAGUACAAUGUAGAGAACUCACAAACUUACACUUCGGUUUUAAUAAUCGAUUUCAAAUUUUAGAACACUGUUAGUCUGCCCCUGGUCUAGUCUUGAUACAAAAUCAGGAUGUGGGAUUUUUCAUGCUAUAGCAUUUUAAAAUGUGUUACUAUUUGUUUUUUGUUUUUUGAUACUAAUUCAAGUUCCCAAAAUGAAUUAAGCUUGUCAUUCCCAUAAAUAGGAUGAAGCAUGUUGUACAACCUUGCAGUUCAGUUUUGCCUUUAUUGGCUGCACUGUCUUGUAAACCUGAUUUCUGGGUGAUGUACACACUCAGGACCUCGGCCUCCUUGCUACAUGUGUGUAGAUGUAAUACUAUGAGAGGAAAUUUAUUGAAAAACCUUUUGUCUGUAACAUUGAUAACAUUCUGUUGCAUAGGAUAACUCUAAGAUAAAUGUUAUGGGAUUCAGUACCAGUGAAAUACCUGGAUGUGUGCUUUUGAACCGUUAGAUAAACAUUAAUUUAUGUGUUACUCUUCUCCAAAGGGCAUUCCAAGAGAACUUUUCUAUGGAAAUGCACAGUCAUGUGAAUGUCAACUUUUGGCUCCAACAAACUUACUUUGCACAUUAAUCAUGCUCUGCUUGCACAUAAGAAGUACAUGUACAUAAUUGCAUAUACUUCACUGACGUGCUGAAUAUUUACAUAUUUACAUAUUUGUGAGAUAUUGAAACAACAUAGCAAUUUUGGUAUUAACCCUAAUUCUCCCGGGGGGGGGCCAUAAUGGCCCCCCCCCUCGACUUUUUUCGCGAUAAAU